AUGGAUGAUGCUGAAAAAACUGAAAUUGGACUGGAAUUUAUCAAAAAAGCCAUAGCUGCUAUAGAGAAGAGAGGCAUAACAGACCAGGGACUGUACAGAGUUGUUGGUGUAGAUUCAAAUGUCCAAAACAUGAUUUUGCAGUGCAUAAAGAAGAAAAAGAUUUAUGCUAUAGACUUGGAAAGUGAGGAUUGUGAAUUUGAGGUCAAAACGAUAACAAGUGCCCUGAAGCAACACAUUAGGAAUAUGUGCCCCCCUGUCUUYACAUUUGAUUAUCAUGAUGACUUUCUAAAUGCUGUCAAGCUAGAAACUUAUAAAAAAAGAAUAGAACAGCUAAAGAAAUUGAUACAAGCCCUUCCAGAACACAACAGAAAUCUGAUUUUCCRAAUUAUGACUCAUCUGAAAAGGGUUGCUGCUCAUUCAAACAAGAACCUAAUGGCAGCCAGUAAUCUUGGGGUCGUGUUUGGACCAACACUAAUGAAGUCUAAAGAGGAAACGAUGGCUGCUAUUAUGAAUUUGAAGCAUCAAAGUGUAGUGGUCGAGCUGUUAAUCAAGGAAUAUGAUUACAUAUUUGAUGUACCCAAGGAAGAAGAAAUAAAUAAUAUCCAGAACUCACAGAAUUCAAAACAAAAUGCAGUUGAAAGGCCAAUCUUACCGCCUAAAAAACCAAUGGGCAAAAGAAGUACAAAUGAUGGCCCUGAUGGUAAUUGCAUUGAUGGGAAGCCGCCUGCUUCUGCUAAAGCAUAUCGUCCACCACGACCACCAAAUAGGCCAGCCCAUCUGUCAAGACGGAAACAAGUACCAUCUACAGAUUCAGAGGAAGAUGAUUCAAGCUCAAAAUCAGGAUCAUCAGAAAAGCCAUCAAUUCCUCCAAAGAAAGAUGAUUUAGUGUAA